GGAAGCCCUCUGCCGCCCGCUGGCCGCGCCCGCGCUGGCCGAGGCAGGGCUGCCGGAGGACGGCUGCUCAUCUGGGCUGCUCGCGCCCGCGCGGGACGCGAACGGAGCGAUCGUGUGGGCGCACUCCUGGGCUGUCGGCAGCAGGAUCCUGACAUCCGGCGGCUCCCGCGUCGUCUCCCCAGAGUUCCAGCUCGGCCUGCCUGGGCAGGAGCCCACGAGGUUCGCGCUGAUGCUGACCACUCACAGGGAGAGUCUCGGCACGGUGGGCAGGGGCCGCCACUCCUUCAAGAAGUCGAGGGGCCGCGGGCUGGCCAUGAUCAAGUGCAAGGGCGGCCCGCUCGCAGCCUCCACGUUCGGCAUCGCCCUCUGGCUGGAGGACGGCGGCGAGGCCCCGUGGCACCCGCCCGCGGUGCAGCACAGCUUCGCCGAGCGCAGCGCCUACCAGCACGAGCCGUGGCAGCUCUGCAGUGGCGACUCCGACCGGGCGGAGCUCACGGUGGCCCUGCGGCUCACGCUGGCGGCCAGGGCCGCAGAGGCCCCGCGGCCCGCGCUGGCGGCGACUGCGCCAGCGCCAGCGUCGUCGGCGCUGGCGCCGGCCGCGCCCAGCGCCCCGGCGGGCCUCGGGGGCGCCGCCGCCCUUGGAGCCCCUGAAGCCAGGACCUCGCAAGCCAGGCCUCUGCACGUCCUUGCCGGCGAGGGCCAGCAGGAGUGGUGAGUGCUUCGAUCCGAGGCCGCAGCCGUCGCGGGGGCGCCGAGGUCCUGGUGACGCCACGGCUCGCGCCAGCGCCGCCCCCCUCUCCCCCCCCUCUCUUUUUUCCUCUCCCCCCCAGGCUAUCGAUGCCUCUCAACUCGGCGGCCAAUGGAGAGCGUGGUAGUCCAGCGGAGCUGGAGGGGAGGGGGCGGCGCCCAGUUCACCUGCGCCCGCAUAUAGUUUUUUUUUUUUUUUAGUCGGGCGUGUCCAUCGAAUGGAGAAAUGUCCAACAGUAGUCCAAAAAUGGUCGGGGCACGAUUUUUCGACUAGGUUUUGAUUAUUGUUGGACAUUUGUUUGACUAUGUUUUAUGCGUCCUCCAAAAAUCCGCCUGUAGGAGGACAUGCCAGACCCAAGUAGACUUGCUGGAGACCGCCAGCGGACAGGCCCACGCGAGCGUCAACAUGCGUCUACUGGACCGUCGGUCUCUCACCCGUCCCUUUUCUUCCCUUUGCCUCCCCUCCACG